UUGAUUUUUUUAUUGAGUCUGUCACAAAUGCAACCGGCUCACAUUUCCAUUCAGUCAUGACUGUUAAACAGCAUCCGACUCUGUCAGUUGGCUUCGUUUAGCAGACUGCACUACAUCUCCCUGCCUCUGAACAUCCCCCUCUCAUGGGUGCUAUGUGGUUGAGGUCAGUACCCACUCAUUCAUGGCAUCACCAUCCUAUAAAGCCACAGGAGGGAAAACAAUGUGCCUGGAAUUCAAACAGAAGACAGCAAACACGGAGUAGACCAGACACAAGCCACCACAGUCUGACGACAAGAGGGCUGCUUGCGUGGAUAUGAAAUAGCAGUGAAGUUCCUGAAGCGCUCAGUUGGGCUGAAGAAGUGGUUGGAGAUUGUAUCUGGAGUUGCAGCUUGGAGAGUUCACCUUUACACACAUGAACAGAAUGUGCUGGCUACUGGUGAUCCUGAUGUCCAUGAUGACAACCACCUCAGCUGGGGACCCCAGAGCCUUGAGAGAAGCUGUGGCUUAUCUUGGCAAAUAUGGAUAUCUCUCUCCCUCCUUUUCACUUUCACAAACACCCAGGCAGCAACUGGAGAUGCUGAGAGAGCCCCUGAGGACGUUUCAGAGGGUGACGGAGCUGCCAAUCACGGGGAGGCUGGAUGGGGCCACUCUAGCCAUGAUGAGGCAGCCACGCUGUGGAGUGCAGGACCCUUUCAACAACAGGACCCUCAAGUACCGCCUUCUAGGCUAUUGGAGUAAGAACAGGCUCACCUAUCGCAUCCUCAACUACACCCCUAACAUGGGCCUGGCUAAGACGCGAACGGCCAUUCAGAGUGCCUUCCGUUACUGGAGUGAGGUGUCACCGCUGACCUUUCAGGAAGUGACAUCAGGGCCGGCGGACAUCAAGGUGUCCUUCCACAGGAAGGACGGCUGUGUCUUGCCCUUUGAUGGACCAGGAGGUGUCCUUGCGCACGCUGACACCCCAGAGUCAGGCCUGGUGCAUUUUGAUGUGGCGGAGCGCUGGAGUGAUGGGACGUCUCCCGGUCCUAACCUGCGCAUCGUGGCGGCCCAUGAGAUAGGCCACGCCCUGGGGCUGGGCCACUCCCAGUUCCACAGCGCCCUCAUGGGGCCAGUCUACACCGGCUACAAGGACGACUUCAAACUCCACCCCGAUGAUAUACUGGGCAUCCAAAAGCUGUAUGGCAAACCUGUGUCAAAACCCAGAGUUCCUCCUAAACCUCAACCAGUAUCUGAUGCACCCAAUCCCUGCAGUGCUGCUCUGGAUGCCAUGAUGCUGGGGGCCCGUGGGAAAGCCUAUGCGUUCAGUGGACAGUAUGUCUGGACCGUGACCAACUCAGGUCACACCACCCCCAUCCCCAUCAGCUCCCUGUGGAGAGAUCUGCCAGGGGGGCUCUCUGCAGCAGUCCACUCCCCCCGGAGCGGCAAGUCCUACUUCAUCAAGGGAGGGAAGAUCUGGAGAUACACAGGCUUCCACCUCGACAAAGGAUUUCCUAGUCAGCUGACUGGCAUACCCGCCAAUGUUGACUGCGCUUUCUACCUCGACAACAUCAAGAGACUGGUGUUUAUUAAGGGCUCGGAGUACUGGCAAUGGGAUGAACUUGGCUCGGCCAACCAGAAGCCAUACCCCAAGGCCCUGUCACACCUGGUCAAAGGCUUACCCUCCCACCCUGACGCUGCAAUUACUUGGACCAGUGGGUAUACCUAUGUUUUCAAAGGCGAUAAAUACUGGCGUAUCAACAAUCAGCUCUCCAUAGAUAAAGGCUAUCCUCAGAGCAAGAAAGAACGCUGGAUGAAAUGUUGACCAAGUUUCAAGAAAAAGUGAUUGCACAAAAGAACACUAUUUGGUAUGGAAUGGAAUUUUGAGAAUAUCUACAGAGAAAAACGAAAUGCCCCAUGUAGAUACCAAUAAUAAAAACCU